AUGAGGUUUCGUGGCCAGGAUGCCAGUUGUAAUGACGUCGACGACUUCACCUACAGCGAGGACCCGGCCGGUCAGCAGGUGAAGGUUCCAGUGACGAAGGAAUACGUCUACAAAGUGGUCGUUCUCGGUGACUAUAGCGUAGGGAAAACAUCGAUCAUCAAACGGCUGGUUUCCAUUGCGGCUUCCUCUCAAUCACUGGGGGUUAACAGCGGUGGCUCUGACAUGGACGACAGUGGCAACGACAGUGAUGCCGAUGACGAGCUCGCGGCGGUAACGCCAACCGUAGGCACCGACUUUUACUCGCUUGUCCUACCCGAUGUUGUGCCUGGUGCAUCAGUGCGACUCCAAAUAUGGGACACAGCUGGACUGGAAAAGUAUGCAGCCAACUACCAAAGCGUGUUGCGCAACACCUCCUUCAUCAUCUGCGUCUUCGACGUGACGAGCGCUAGCAGCUUGCACAACGUGGUGGAACGCCACCUGUCCAUCGCAGCGGAGCACGUUCCUGACCUCGACCAGAGCAGCAUCAUGGUGGUGGCAAAUAAAAUCGACAUUCUGGACGGUGCGUCGAACAGCACAGCGCUCCGCAGUGCACAAAGACGGUCCCGGUCACCGGAAACCGCAUUCGUAAUCACCAACGAUGAGGACACUUCUGUAGACACAAACGACGGCAGCCCUGGCAAAUUCACAAGUGCUAAGGGUAUUGACAAGGACGCAAUCGUCACCGCACGGAAAGUGCAGGCGGAGGUGUUUGAUAUCUUCAACGAUGUGCUUUACGCUGAGGUGAGCGCCAAGACGAAGCGGCAUCUUGAAAAGAUGCUCCAUGCGGUCUGCCACGCGCUUCUGCGUAACGGCGUCCGUGGCAGCUCAGAGAUGCUGAUUUCCGAUGGAACGCCGGCGAAUGAGGUGUUUGCGCACACAGUGUUGCCGCCACACACCGGUGUGAGCUCUACUACAGUAGCAUCUGUACCAACCUUCUCCCCGCCCUCAGCGUCUCAGCUUGACCCAGCCACGACCAAGACGCCGCCUGUGGUGGAGCUGCGGGGUGCACCACACACGGACAGCGGGCAGAAGGCACCGAGAACUCUGGCGGCACCUGCCGCCAGCUGGCGCUCCACUGGGACCUUCUCGUUUGACAUGGCGCAGACACACAUUGUCUCUACGGCGCUUUUCUCUCCCACUGAAGCUCUCGACAGCGCCUUUGGCAACCGUGGGGGUGACGAUUCCGCCCCGUCGCGUGUUGACGCCGGUGGCGACAGUCCCAUUGACGAGUCCCUCACGCAGCUGCCAACGCCACAGGGGAGUAUUGUAAAACCUGUAGACACUGGAGGGGUGCACCUUGGCAUGAUAGCUGGCGCCCCAGAGCCGCGAUCUGCGUUAGAUCCCAAUGAGGAUCGCAAAGCACGCAGGGAGCGAGAGCAGGCGGAGAUGCAGGCGCUGCUGGUUCGUGCAGGCAAGGGUGUAGCGAACCGAAAUGGAGGAGACGCCGACACUGGUGGCUCGGCGGUGUGGCGGCGGAGUGAUGCGGAUAGGAUGGAGGAAGAUAUUGUUUCCGGACCGGACAAGGCCGGUGAAGCGUUGUCUGCUGCGCAGCAACGGCCUACAUCUUCCAUUCUAGAUUCGCGUGUGGUCCAGAAUGAUAGCAGAGGUAGGCCAGGCGCCAGCGGUCGUUCCUCGGAUGACGAAGACGGUGCGCGCAUGCAGACGCAGCUGAGGGACCGAUUUGCCCAGAUUGAACGGGAAAUACGCCAGAACGCGGCUGUGGCAAAUCUGCGCGGCAAGAAAGACAAGAAGACCAAAGCGAGGGGAAAGUGCAAGUGCUGCGUGCUGUGA